UUUCGAAACAUAAAGAUUCUGACUUUAAUUCUGAUGAUCCAAACAUUGGCCUUGAAAAAUCAGAUUUCACUUGCCGAAAGUAUGAUGGUUUUAAUGAUUAUACAGGAAAAAGAAUUAUAAGCAUAGAAAUCAAAAGAGACUGUGUUAUGACAUAG